AUGGUGGCUGUCUGGGUAUCAAAUGUGCAAGAUUCGCGGCUACGUCACACACCAGGUAAUCGCGCCGAAUGCGUGCACCACGACGGCCAGUCUCGAACAAUCAGCAUCGCUCUCGACCGGGCCCCGUUGGGCACUUGUACUGUGCGCCCUCAUGCAAUCUGGAAUGGAUCGCGAUCACCAGCAGAAAGUGGCGCCAGCAUGCAAGGAUGUGGCUGGCCCAACGUGUGUCUAAACGCCAUCCCACCUCGCCAGAGCGUUUGCUCCAAGCCCAAUCCGGACGGCAUGCCAUUCCGCAAGUCGAGAUCUGGGCUCUACACCGCAUCCUUCGUCUGCCAUGAAAUUCUGGCACUUGCCGGCUUCGCUGCGUUCGCUGGCCGUGCAGCGACACCGGCCAAACCUUCGGGGCGCGGAUUGAAACAUCUGCGUGAAGUCCCCAUCCACCCCGUCGCCCAGUCCCUCGCCCUGCCCACCCACACCCUCGACACCUUCACUUCCUGGACCCCCCCGACCCCCAUCAACCUCAUAAUCGCCGUUUCCUUCGGCCUCCUCAUCCCUCCACGCAUCCUCUCCCUCGCUACCCACGGCGGCCUAAAUGUGCACCCCUCCCUCCUCCCCGACCUACGCGGUCCCGCGCCCAUAGAACACGCGAUCCUCCGCGGGCGCGAACGAACAGGCGUGUCGAUACAGACGCUGCACCCAACGCGCUUCGACCACGGCACGGUGCUCGCGCAGACGCCUGCGCCGGGGUUAGCGAUAAGUCGGGAUGCGACUGCGGCGAGGUUGGGCGAGGAGUUAGCGGCGGUGGGCGCGCGGAUGCUGGUGGAUGUACUCAGGGAGCGGAUGUAUCUUGCGCCGCAUAGGGAUGUGGGAUGGUAUGCUGGGUCGAUUGCGCAUGCGCCCAAGACGACUAAACAGGACCGGAAGUUGAUCUCGGCGGAUUCAAUGGCGGAGCCGUGGCCCAAGGAGCCCGGUCUCUGGCUGCGGCACGAUAUCAAAAAUCCCGUGAUCAGAGCGAAAUGCGGUGCUGUUGCCAUUGUAGCGAGCAGCACAUACCCGGGUACGAGAAAGGGUGGAGGCAAUGCAAAGGUCAUGCGUAUGCUUUCGCCGAACAAGGCUUCUGAACUCGAACCUGAAAAGAGACUGGAAGGGGAAUGGGAGAGAGUAGAUGAACACUGA